AUGAAGUAUCAGGCUGUCGCUUUCGCCACUUCAACCAUUCUGGCUCUCGCUGAGGCCGGACCCUACCACCGCCAUCACUUUCAUGUUCGCCGCGUCACCAAGCGUGAGGUUCCCCAGGAACACUCUCACGAGGUUUUCCUGAACAUUACCCGAGAGUUCCUCAACAAGAAUAACCCCAAGGGCAUUGCCGACCCCGUUUUUGGUUUACUUGGUGAUGGCGCCGCUGCAAAGGGUGCCGGCCAGGUCACCAACCUGGCCUGUCUGCACCAGGAAACCGCCGACCAGGCCUUUACCAACGCCAAAGAAGCCAAGGACAUCCGCGGAAUGUCUGCUGCCCUCGUCUACCAGAGCCUUGAGCGCAACACUGCCGGCGUUGGUGUGGCUAGCGCUGCCUGCACUGACAAGGCCGUAAACCCGGAGAUCGCCGCUAUCAAGCAGCAUCAGGAUCCUGCUGCCGACAACGCGGCGGCCGACAACAAGGCCGUCACUCUCGAGCUUGCCAAGCAGCUGGCUUCCAUCGGAGGUGACCCUAUGCUUGCGCUCGAAAGCGGCACUUUUGCCCCCGGUGAAAAGACCGACACCACUUUCAGGGGCAACGCGUGCGACGAGCAGAACGACCCCACCGGUUGCAUCUUUACUCAGAAGAAGCUCGUUCUCGACGCCACCCCCGAUGAAAUCAACGCCGCUGUUGCCGGUAUCACUCCUACCAUCACUGGCGGCACUGGCGAGCUGAAGGCGACCCACAUUGACUUCAACGGUCUCGCAGUUGCCGGCCAAGCCGGAGGUGCUUCUGGGGGUGCUUCUGGGGGUGCUUCCGGUGGUGCUUCCGGAGGUGCCUCUGGAGCUUCCAACUCUACUACUGGUACUGGAUCUGGAGCCGGAAACAACAACGGCAACAAGAGUGGUAACAAGAAAUCGGCCUGCGUUGCUCGUUCAACCCCCAACACCCAGGCCAACAACUCGACAGGCAAUGCUGGCGGGAACAACGGCAACAACAACAAUGGCAACAAGGACAACAACGGAAACAACAACAACAACAACGGCAACGGUAACGCCAACGAGGACAACGGCAACACCGGCGGCGGCCAAAACAUCCAGACCUUCACCGGCUCUCUUGGCGGCACCGCUCCCCCAGUCAUCCAGGGAACCGGCGACCGCCCCUUCAGCGUCAACGGCAACACCUUCACCGGCAAGGGUGCCGCCCUCGGCCGAUCCUGCGACAUCCAGAAGAACAAGUGCGCCACCGCCAUCAACAGCGGCCAGCUCGACGGCGAGGUUUCCCAGUGUGACGAGCAGGCCUCCCAAUGCCGCGCCCAAGCCAACCUCCGCAAGCGUUCCGUCAAGCGCCAGGCCGCCGACUUUGGCUCCUGUAGCGACCCCACCAUUGCCUUCAGCAACAACCUCCCUGAUCGCCAGUCCGCCGGCUUCAUCGCCAACAACAGGAACGACUUCAACCACGGCUCCGCCCAGAAGAUUGGCAUCAUCGCCGGCUUCAUCUGCCAGCGCCUCCAGGACAGCUGCAAGGCCCCGGCGGCUACCAUUGACAACUGCAAGAGCGCCCAGACCGCUGCCACCGCCGCCACGCAGGACCAGGCUGCUGCUGACGCCUUCAACAGCAAGCUUGUCGGCGGCUCUUCUGGCGGAAACGUCACUGCCCGCGCUGCAUAA